UGGUAGACGCUCGUACCGGGCUAAAGUGACUGCUUGGACAGUUGUCGUCGCUCUCCCCCUGUCAAUCCUUCUCACAUAGGUGCGACCUUUCUUUAGCUGCCAUAGCAACCUCCUCGUUCGUAGCUAACACGCAUUUAGCCAUUUCGAAAGGCAGCGUCUUCCAUAUCCUUAUUAAUGGUUGCUGCGAAGCCUAUGCUAUUGCUUGUGGGUGCAAUGCUCGCAGCAUUCUGCCCGUCUUUCUUAACUAAGGAUUUUAGCAUGGUUCAAGGAUGUUAAGAAAAGCAGAGAGGUGGGAAGAAAGCUACAAGCAUGGCGACACAGAUCCCUAUGGAGUGCUGCAAGGUCUUGUAUUGAUCCAGAUUUCUUGCCUGAAGAGCUCCUUCCUCUUUACUUUAGAUCAAAGGGCCUUGUGCUUGUGGUAGCUAGUCUUCUUCUUCAGUGUCUAGACGAUGGUUGGGCUAGAUAUUUGUUUAUUUUGGUGAUGAACAGAAGAGAGGUAAAUUGCCCUCUUCUUCUUCCUAAAGUGAGUGAUCAGCAGCAGCGAUAGUCGAAGAUGAAGUCCAUGAACAAUAACAACUGGCUUGGUUUCUCUCUCUCUUCUCAUAUGAACAUGGAGGUUUCUUCGGAGUCGCCACAUCACCAUCAGAAUCAUGAAAACCAUCAUCACCACCAGCCUCAACCGACCGCCACAGCUUGCGUCUCUUCUUCUGCAGUCCCAUGCAGUUUCUUUCAAUCUCCCUCCUCUGGACUCUGUUAUGGAGGGAAAGGAGAGGCCGCAGGGCUUUACUCUCACUUGCCUGUCAUGCCACUGAAAUCUGAUGGCUCUCUUGGCGUCAUGGAAGCCAUCACCAGAUCACAACACUCGGGAAUCCUCCCGUCUCCAACCCGGAAACUCGAAGACUUGUUGGGAGGCGGACCUGACACGGGGGCCCAUCACCACUACGGCAACUUUGAAAGGGAAGCAAUGGCUUUGAGCUUGGACAGCCUCUACUACUACCAAAAUGCACACGCUGAAAGCACCCUCCAUGGCCAGCAGAUUCCAGUAGUACAACACCAACUAUUCUUGCAACCCGAAGGGAUGUGCUCGGGGAUACCAGAACACGAAAUGUAUCAGGGGCCGCUGGAGGUGGGAGCCAUGGUGGAAGAUGGUGACCUUCCGAGCUUCAAAAGUUGGGCUCCUAGAAGCUAUACUGCAUGCAACAAUGGGCUGGCCGAGGAAGGGGGGAUUGGCCGCAGGUCUAUAGAUGUGGCUGGUUUCGGUGAGUUGCAAUCCCUGAGCUUGUCCAUGAGGCCUGGUUCUCCGUCAAGUUGCUUCAUGGCUCCACUGCCAGUUGCUUCAACAACUGACCGCAUUGACCUUGAUGCAACAAAGAAGUUAAGGCCUAGUAAAGGAAGCCAGAAGCAGACCGUCCACCGGAAGUCCAUUGAUACAUUUGGGCAGAGAACCUCUCAAUAUAGAGGUGUUACUAGGCAUAGAUGGACUGGGAGAUAUGAAGCGCAUCUUUGGGACAAUAGCUGCAAGAAAGAAGGUCAGACAAGGAAAGGAAGACAAGUAUAUCUCGGGGGAUAUGACACGGAGGAGAAAGCUGCAAGAGCUUAUGACUUGGCGGCAUUGAAGUAUUGGGGACCAUCAACGCACAUUAACUUCCCUUUGGAAAGUUAUCAAGAAGAACUGGUUGAAAUGAAGAACAUGAGCAGGCAAGAGUAUGUUGCCCACUUAAGAAGGAAAAGCAGUGGUUUUUCGCGUGGGGCUUCGAUUUACCGUGGAGUAACAAGGCAUCACCAACAUGGAAGAUGGCAAGCUCGAAUUGGUAGAGUUGCUGGAAACAAAGAUCUUUAUCUAGGAACCUUCAGUACUCAGGAGGAAGCAGCUGAAGCAUAUGAUAUUGCUGCGAUAAAAUUCCGCGGGGUGAAUGCUGUUACAAACUUUGACAUAACGAGAUACGAUGCAGAGAAGAUCAUAGCAAGUAGUACAUUACUUCCAGGAGAGAUUGCUAGGAAAAAAAGGGCAACUGAAGCAGAAAAAGAUAUUCCAUUGGAGAAAAAUAUGUGCAGAGAGCCAGCUGAAGAAAACAAUACUGCAGGUUCUGAAUGGAAGAUGGCUCUCUAUCAAUCCACUGAGACGCCUCCAUCCACCGAGUGUCGUGAUCACGAACCAUUGAUGAUGAGUGGUGACUAUAGGAGCCCGAUGUCAUACCCAUCGACAAUUGGUGGACUUAGAGGUUUAGAAACUGGGAAUUUUGUGGAAGGAGUUGUCGAUUCUGAGAGACUGAGCACUGCCCAUCUGUCGAACCAGUCGUCCUUAGUGACAAGCUUGGCCAGUUCCAGAGAAGGCAGUCCUGAUCGGAUUGGUCUUUCCAUCAUGUUUAGUCCCACUCCACUUGCUUCGUUGGUUCCGUCGAGGCCCAGCAUUUCCAUUGCUCAAAUGCCCGUUUUUGCUGCAUGGAAUGAUGUUUGAACUAGCCAUGACCACAAAGCAUGCACGCAGAGUCCACUAGUAAAAGCAGCCGAGGAAAGGAAGCAAAGCCCCAUUGGCUAAAGUGAGAGAUGCAUUUCCUUCUUUUUUUUUUUUUCCCCCAGAUGUCCGUGAGCAAAAUUUGUGUUGAUCAAUCUUGCCUCACAUGCCAGUGGUUUUUUUUUUUUUUUUAAAUUUCAGCUUUUGGCAAGAGCAAACAUAUAAUAUCAUAAUGUGUGAGGUGAUGUUUAGUUUCUGCA